GGCGGGAGGGGAGCGGAGCCGUGGAGCAGAGGGCAGGCAGCAGCCAACACAGGGCGCAAAGGGAAGCUGCAGGCGGCGGAGCUGCAGCCCCCUUGGUUGAGACAGGGGCUCUUUUCUGGUGGAGGGAGCCAGGGCAGAGAGGGAGAAGAGCUGGUGCAAUGACAGGCAGAAACUGAAGAGCAUUUGAAUCUUACUGUUCCUGCACAGGUUUUCCCUCCUAGCUGAGCAAGUGACACAAAGAGAAACAUGCCUGAACAAAGCAAUGAUUAUAGGGUAGUUGUGUUUGGAGCUGGAGGGGUGGGUAAAAGUUCUUUGGUCUUGAGAUUUGUGAAGGGCACUUUCAGAGAGAGCUACAUCCCUACCAUUGAAGACACCUAUCGGCAGGUGAUCAGCUGUGAUAAGAGCAUAUGCACUUUACAGAUAACUGACACUACAGGGAGCCAUCAAUUUCCAGCCAUGCAACGUCUCUCUAUUUCUAAAGGACAUGCUUUUAUUUUGGUUUACUCUAUCACCAGCCGACAGUCCUUGGAGGAACUCAAGCCAAUCUACGAACAAAUAUGUCAGAUUAAAGGAGACAUAGAAAACAUUCCAAUAAUGCUGGUGGGGAACAAAAAUGAUGAGAACCAAAAUCGAGAGGUAGAAAGCAGUGAAGGAGAAGCGAUGGCUAAGAAGUGGAAAUGUGCCUUCAUGGAGACCUCUGCCAAGACAAACCACAAUGUGAAAGAGUUAUUCCAAGAAUUACUAAACCUGGAGAAACGCAGGACUGUGAGUUUGCAAAUUGAUGGCAAAAAAAGCAAGCAACAAAAAAGGAAGGAGAAGCUGAAAGGAAAAUGUGUGGUGAUGUAAAAUUGCAUUGUCAGAAACCAGCUGUGAGGUCUCAUCUGACAAUACGCAUGUAAAACCCAUAGACAGCAAACAACCAUGCAAGAUCCUAUUAAUUAGUAUCUUAAAAUAAGUGUUUUAAAAUAAAAACUUGGAAAUUGAAAAAAUGAGGUACUGUGAUUGCUAUGAAAAACCUGAAAAAUAAAAAUGUGUGCUCUCACAAUCAAUUAAAGUUAAUCAGGAAGAAAACAAAAGACAUCGCAGAAUAACUUAUUUUGUAAUUAACAAAAAAGAAUCAUUUUCAUCAUUCUCAUAAUAUGAAAGAUUCAGAAAAUCAAGUUAAUAUUAUAUAUUGCAUAUAAUUGCAAGAGAAAGCAAUGUAUAGUAUCAGAAGAAAAACAAAGAAAUGGUUGUGAAGAAACCUAGAACAUACAAACGCAUGCUGGAUAGUGUUAAUCAUUUCUUUCAGGAUGAACAACUCUGUGCCAUUUUCAUUACUGACUGGUGGGAGAGUAUGCAUAAGACAGUCUUGGAUCACCUGAAUAAAUGAAUUACUGCACAGUAAAAGGAAGUGUGGGGAGAGCAGUGAAAAGGAUCAAAUAUUGUCUUUAUCCACCCAGUAUGAUACUUCUUUCUAGUGUGAUGCAGUUUUUAGUGAAAACGCUGCAUUAAAACUGAAGGUUGUGGAAAAGCCAAUUCCUGUAACAGAGCUGGAGAUCAUGUUUUCUGGGCUCAGUGUUUCAAGAAUGACCUGAGUUUCUGGCCCAAAUGUAUUUCAGAAGAACAGACAUUUGUUUGCGGAGAAUGCCAGAUGGAAUGGUGUACAUACAAAACCAGAAAGCUUCCCCAGGGAGAACAUAGUCCCCUAUGAAAGCUUCUGUGAGAGAGACUCAGUUCUAAUGCACACUGUUCUAAUUCAGUUAAAUGAACACGUGGUGUGGUUAGUGAAUGAAUGAAUGUCUUUUCAACUGGUGAUACCCUUGGAGAGGGGUUGGCGUAAUAUACAAAUUAUUAGAUUAUCCGUUUGAUGCUUCUUGACAUUACUAUAUUCCAGUUAGAAGAGUUUAUGUUCAUGCCCUAUGAGAUCUAUUGCCUUUAUAUAGUCUGAAUUAUUUUACAUUUUCCAUUUAAAUUCAUGGUUUGAACUGCUGUGACUAUUUAUAUAACCAAAUAUAUAUCUAAAGUUAAUGCCCAUUAGAGUGACACUCCAAAAAAGGAGUUUUUUUGGGAUAAACACUAAAGGAUCUGGCAUAUUAAGAGUUGCAGUCAGGACUGUAUUAUAAUGCAAUACAAAGUUCAUAAUAGAAAACACAUUAUUUAAAACAUCCUAUUCCCAGUAGGGGAAACUGCUCUUCUCAAAACCUUUGAAAGAGGAAAAAGAGUAAAAAUUGUGAGCUUCCCUGGAUGUCUCUCCAAAGCUCUUUAAAAAACUGAUAUGAAUGACUGAAGUAUGUACCCUAGUGAUGACAAAGGCCAUCUAAGAUAUAAUAAGCACAUACAAUUUUUAAAGGACACAUUAAAAUUGCAUAAGUCACUAUUUGUACCUUAGAAACUGCUUUGAACAAAUAAAAAGAGUCUACAUUAUUUUUAGUAAACGUUCAUAUCAAGAAACAUGGGAAAAUGAAGUCAAGUACUAAUAUUAUUAGCCUGCAUGCUAGUGUAUUAUAAAUAUGUUCCAGGGGAUACUCAAAUGCAGUGUUUGCGUUAAAAAUUGCUACCUUGUUCCUUUCAGAGUUAUUCCUUGCUUACCUUCCACCUUUCUAACAAACAUGCAGACAUUUCAGAGGUAGAGUAAUGGUAUGCACAAGAAUUGCUACUAGCACUGUCUAGAAAGGAGCACAAUUUCUAUCAUUCAGUCAGAAGAAAUUCUGGCACCAGUAGAAUUGAGCGUGAAACUUCUACUGAUUUCAAAGAGAAAUUUUUUUUUUUGGUGUUUAUUUCCUUGCAUUAAGAGAAGACUGGAAGGAGCAUGGAAAAAGCUAAUGCUCUCCAUUAACCAUAAAUUCCAGGCUCUUACACAACAUUCUUUCCUCAUAAAUCUCAAAGCAUUUUGCAAAAAUGACGUGAAUUUCUUAACAUCUCAGGUGGUGAAAGUGAGGCACAAAGAGGAAACAACUACAUAGAUUGUCUAUCAGGAUAGUGACAAACCCAGGAACAAAAGCAGAUAUCCUCUGUCACGGUACAGUGCUCAUUCUGUGUUUUGUCAGACUGUCUCUUCACAUUCUUAAAUAGUUCUGAAACACAUAAGGAAGCCUGAUUUUACCUAUAUAGCCAAGUGCAUCUUUCUUGACAGUCUGUCAAUAGAUCAAAAGCUAUUUCCAGAUCAGGGAUGCAAAACACUUAAAAGCACUAUGUUUAGUAAGACUUUUUAAAAUGCUUAUACAUUUACUCUGUUUGUAAAA